AUGAUUAAGCGUUUGGCUGCUAACCAAAAUGCUGACGGAGUUACAGCAAGAGAUGCGAAGGGACUGAUACCUCUGAUAAUACUAAUGGUGAUUAUUUUCCUGCUGCUUCUCUUCUGGGAAAAUGAGAUGAACGUAGAAUCAGGGAUGCCAACCUUGGAGCAGUUGCAUGUGGAUUACCCUCAGAGUGAUGUUCCUGUGAGAUACUGCAACUACAUGAUCUUACAAAGAGUCAUCAAGGAACCUGACAACACCUGCAAAAAGGAGCACGUCUUCAUCCACGAGAGGCCUCAAAAAAUCAACGCUAUCUGCACUUCCGUCAAGAAGAAGGCUUGCAGUAACCAUUCCAAACUUUUCUGCUUCCAGAGCAAGAUAAAGUUCAAAAUGACGGCCUGCGAGCUCAUAGAAGGUUCCAGAUACCCUGCCUGCAGGUACCACAUUUCUCCCAAGGAGGGGUUCAUUCUUGUCACUUGUGAUGAAAUGGGGGCAGUUAAUUUCCAGGGAUUUGUUGAAUAACUUGAGGCCAGCACCUGAGUCUGAGAUCAUCUCUUCUCUCUCAUUGGUCCUGGUGCUGGUUCUUCUUGAGGCGGACCUGAACUAUGGACAUGGAUAAUGCCUUGAGUGAAAUG